AUGUCAUGCUAUAAAUACAAACAUAUAUCCAAUGAUUUAAUCAACAUUCAGCAUUACAGAUACAAAAGUGAUGUUGGAGUAGAACGGAACAAACCCCCUCCUCGCACGCUUGUCUAUGUCGGACCAUUCGCUGAUCAGAUAAAGCAAUUUAAGCUUUAUUCUUUACUCCUGUCAGCUUGUGGAUGCAUCUCUAUUCCAACCAUAAUGAUCUAUGGCAAAGAACCGUUGAUUGGAUCUCUCGUAGCUGGGCUUUCAACUAUAGCGCCAACGUUCUUUGUGAAUUAUUUGACAGCUGCCUAUGUGACACGCCUAUAUGUAGAUUCUCCUACUGCAACGCCAAAAACUAAACCUAAUCCAUCAACUGUACUUACAAUAGAGACAUUCACAUAUUUUGGUCGCCUGCAAGAGACUAAAGUUAAACUCGGCGACCUGAAAGAGUCAAAAUCUCGAUAUCGAUGGAUUACAUGGGUGAGAGAUCCCCAUACAACCGGAAAAAGAGCAUUUUAUAUUGAGAAAGCUUUAAUGAGGAAGACUUCAUACUUGAAAGCUAUAGUCGACUUGAUAGAGGAGAGAUCAAAGGAUAAAGAAUCUAUCAAGCAAUCUGAAUAUCGGUAG